GGUCGUUAAAAUUUAGUUGAGUCUGAAGUUUUGUUUGGAUCUAAAAUAAGCGCUACCAACUUUUACUAAAGCCGUCAGUUGAUGUCAAUUUGUGCUUAAAGUGAUAUUUUUUAGGCCUAAAAAUAAAAAAGCUAAAAGCCUAAACAAUCAUGUUUAACUUAUGGAAAGCCCUCACCCGCCGUAAAACGGACGAUGUUCAUGAAAGUGAAUCAAAGCUGGCCCGUGUGCUCAAUCUCUUUGAUCUGACGGCGCUCGGAGUGGGCAGCACAUUGGGGCUGGGCGUCUAUGUGCUGGCCGGCCAGGUGGCCUACAAUAUAGCAGGUCCAGCGGUGACCAUAUCCUUUCUGAUAGCUGCCGUCGCCUCGGCAUUUGCGGGCAUUUGCUAUGCAGAGUUUGCGGCACGUGUGCCCAAGGCAGGCAGCGCCUAUGUGUACAGUUAUGUGACCAUUGGCGAGUUUGUCGCCUUCACCAUAGGCUGGAACCUGAUACUGGAGUAUGUGAUUGGCACAGCUUCGGUGGCACGUGGCCUGAGUGGUUACUUUGACUCGUUGAUCGAUAAUAACAUGUCCAAGGCGCUAAACGCGACAAUGCCCAUCAAGGUGAGCUUUCUGGGCGACUAUCCGGACUUCUUGUCCUUCGGCAUGGUCCUGCUGCUGGCUGCCCUGCUGGCCUUCGGCGCCAAGGAGUCCAGCUUCUUGAACAACAUAUUUACCACCGUUAAUCUGGUGACCAUUGGCAUUGUGCUGGUUGCUGGUGGCAUGAACGCCAAUCCGGACAACUGGCGCAUUCCAGCUAGCGAGGUGCCUGAUUGGGCUGGCACCGGCGGCUUCAUGCCCUACGGCAUUGCUGGCGUAAUGGCAGGUGCCGCGAAAUGCUUCUACGGCUUUGUGGGCUUCGAUUGCAUUGCCACCACCGGCGAGGAGGCCAUAAAUCCCAAGAGGAAUAUACCAUUGGCCAUUGUGGUAUCGCUGAUCAUAAUCUUUCUGGCCUACUUUGGUGUGUCCACAGUGCUGACAAUGAUGCUGCCGUAUUAUCUGCAGGAUCCGGAUGCGCCAUUCCCGAAAGCCUUCGAUUCGGUCGAGUGGUAUACGAUCAAAUGGAUUGUGACGAUCGGAGCUGUGUUUGCGCUAUGCACCAGCCUGUUGGGCGCCAUGUUUCCGCUCCCACGUAUACUCUAUGCCAUGGGCAACGACGGCAUUCUGUUCAAGCGUCUGGCCAAUGUUCAUCCAUAUACAAAGACGCCGCUGUUAGCCACAAUAGUGUCGGGCAUAUUUGCGGCGGUUAUGGCCAUGUUAUUCAACUUGGAUCAAUUGGUGGACAUGAUGUCCAUUGGCACACUGCUCGCCUAUACGAUUGUGGCCAUUUGUGUGCUGGUGCUGCGCUAUCAGGAUGAGCAGAUGACCAAAGUGGUCUCGGUGCGUGCUCCGAAUGUCUGCCGCCAGCUGUUCUGCAACUCUUUCAAGGAGCCAAACACAAUGACCUCGGCUAUAACCAAAGUGGGCAUUGUGGUAUUUGCCAUCUUCUCCAUCAUUUGGUGCAUCUUCAUGAAGGUCUUCGAACUGCAGGCAACUGGCGGCAUUGUCUCCCUCAGUGUUGUCGGCCUGGUGCUCAUCUGCAUAUGCAUUGUGAUUGGCCUGCAGCCGGUGUCCACCAUAGAGUUGACCUUUAAGGUGCCACUGGUGCCGUUUGUGCCCUGCCUGAGCGUUUUUGUCAACUUGUACCUGAUGUUCCAGCUGGAUUUGUACACCUGGAUACGUUUCCUUAUCUGGAUUGCCAUCGGUUAUUGCAUUUAUUUUGCGUACGGCAUUCGCAAGUCCACACAGAUCACACGUAAUCGUAAUCACGCCGAGGUGGCCGCCAAUGCCAUGCAGAAUCCGGAUAAUUUGGAACAGCAUGAGAAUCGCGCCUUCGAGCCGGACUGGAAGGUUGAAAACGGCAUCAAGGCCUUGCAGCCGCCCCCCUACGAGUACUCCGAAAAACUCUAAGUCGGCAGUCGGAGACUCAAACAAGUAUUAUAAGUAGCCUUGUAGAUUUAAGCUGACCUCACACCCGACUUAUAACUGAGCCGAUAGAUUCACAGAUUCAGAUUUUAAUUCUCUUUUGCAAUCAGUUCCUUCAGAAGUUGGUUUAUCACUUGCAAUUUCUCAAUAAUUUCCCAAUUCGUUUAAUUACUUUCUUUUGAUUAUGAAAUCAUCCUUUUAAAAUUAGUCGAAAUCCGUCAAUCAAGCUCCCAUAAAGUUGUAAAUAGGCAUCUUGUUCAGUUGAGUGGCAUGUGUGAAGCCAGCUUAAGAAAUUUAAAGUUAGCUGAGAAUGAUUUUCGCCCCGUAGCACCCCCCCACUUAUCUUGCUAGUAGCUCCAUUUAGACUCUGAGUUUAGCUUGCAUGUGUUUGUGAGAGAGAUGAAUAGAUUGCGCAUAAAAAUUAAAUGAUUCUCCUUGGACGAACGGGCAGCUCCUGUUCCAUGUAGAAGACUCGUGAGUUGCUGCGUUCGACGAGAGAUUUGUUAUUUUUAUGCGCCAGAAAUUUAGACACACACGACUUCCCAAAGGCCGCUUAAUGCAGACUUUUAAUAUUAUUUUCUUUUGAUAUUUUGUAUUCGUAUUCGAUUUUUAUUUCAGAGACUCAUUUAUGAUUUUGAUUAUUAUUUUUUUUUUUCGUGAACUUUGCUGCCUUUCAUUUCUGUACAUAAUGCCCCCAUAAUGUUGUGAUAUUUGUAAAUAUAUAUGUAUAUAGAUUUAUAAUGUUCGCAUAUAUUUAUAUAUAUUUGUCACAAUUCUUGUUGCCGUUAUGUAAAUGCAAUUUGUAUCAUAAUAUUAAUAUUGUCAUAGAUUUUUAUGCAAUUGUACAAUCCUAAGCUAGUUCUGUAUUUAAGUUAUUUAGCUGAUAAGUUAAUGUCCUCCCCUAACAAGGCCCCUACCGAACACGUUUUUAUAUUUGUUCAAAGAAAGAGAAACGAAUUUUUCCCCAAAAGUAAUUUGUUAAA